UGCGGCUUUGUUUACAUCCAUAGCCAACAGCUCAGCUGCUCCAUAUUCUUUUGAUAAACUUACAUGGUAAUAGAGGUAUGGACGUGGCCGUGGACGGCAGCGGUGGUGUGGAUUUGAGUCGCGGCCUGGAGCAGGUUCCCGUUUUAAUAGAAAGGAGCUCAGCCGUGCGGACAUCUCCUGAAUUCCAGUAUUCCCCCGAUAACGUUGAGGGACCAGGAUGCACCGUUGAUCCCAGUGAAGUCACCCUUCCUGGAUGCUGCUGCCGUUCCCGUUCCUGCUGCUCUGAGGUCUGCUCCUGCCUGCAGACUCACGGGCAGGCAUACGACAGCGCUGGCACACUGCUGGACCUCAGCCGAACAGACUCUGGUUACUGUUCACCUGUGUUUGAGUGUAAUGCCCUUUGCACCUGCGGUGACACCUGCUCUAACCGUGUUGCCCAGAGAGGACUCAGACUCGGCCUGGAGGUUUUCAGCACCAGGAAUAGGGGCUGGGGUGUACGGACACUCGAGUCAAUCCCACAUGGGACAUUUGUAUGCGAGUAUGCAGGAGAGGUCAUCAGUUUUGCAGAGGCCAGACGCAGACAGCUUACCCAGAGACCUGAAGAAAAUAAUUACAUCAUCGCUGUGAGGGAGCACGCGGGUACGGGCUCCGUUGUGGAGACUUUUGUGGACCCGGCUGCGGUGGGGAACGUAGGCCGCUUUCUCAACCAUUGCUGUCAACCCAACCUGCUCAUGGUGCCUGUCCGUGUGCACUCUGUAGUUCCUAGACUGGCGCUGUUUGCCGGACGGGACAUCGGCGCGCAGGAGGAGCUGACGUUUGACUACUCGGGAGGAUACAGUAACCAACCUCCCGUAGACCCACCGUCCACACAAAGUGACACUGCCGUACGGGCCAGCAGGACAGAUGGACACCAGAGGAAAUCGUGUCACUGCGGCGCCAACAAGUGCGCCCAGUUCCUCCCGCUGGAUUUGUCCGUUCUCAAUUGAAACGAUCCAAAAUAAAUUUCCACAUUUGGUUUGUUUGUU